AGAGGAGCCGGCACACCGCAACUACUGCAAUUUUUUAUGCUUCUCUCACUCUGGGAGACAGGAAGCGCCCAGGUCCACUACUCGGUCCCGGAGGAGGCCAAACACGGCACCUUCGUGGGCCGCAUCGCCCAGGACCUGGGGUUGGAGCGGGCAGAGCUGGUGCCCCGCUUGUUCCGGGUGGUGUCCAAAGACGGCGGGGACCUUCUGGAGGUAAAUCUGCAGAAUGGCAUUUUGUUUGUGAAUUCUCGGAUCGACCGGGAGGAGCUGUGCGGGCGGAGCGCGGAGUGCAGCAUCCACCUGGAGGUGAUCGUGGACCGGCCGCUGCAAGUGUUUCAUGUGGAGGUGGAGGUAGAGGACAUUAACGACAAUCCUCCUGCAUUCCCGGGAGCACAAAAGAAUCUGUUUAUCGCGGAAUCCAGGCCGCUUGACUCUCGGUUUCCACUAGAGGGCGCCUCCGACGCAGAUACGGGAGAGAACGCUCUGUUGACUUACAGGCUGAGCUCCAAUGAGUAUUUCUCUCUGGACGUACCAACCACCGACCAACAGGUAAAACCUCUCGGUCUUGUAUUACGCAAACCUUUGGACAGGGAAGAGUCUCCGGAACUUCAUUUAGUGCUCACGGCCACUGACAGAGGCAAGCCUGAGCUGACUGGUACCGUUCAGUUACUCAUCAAAGUGCUGGACGCCAAUGACAACGCUCCAGUUUUCGAUAGAACACUCUAUGCGGUGAAAUUAGAAGAAAACGUUCCCAAUGGAACGUUGGUAAUUAAACUUAACGCCUCAGAUUCAGACGAAGGCUUGAAUGGGGAUAUUAUUUACUCAUUCUCUAGUGACAUUUCUCCCGGUAUAAAAUGUAAGUUCUACAUAGACCCCAUAAGUGGGGAUAUUACAGUAAUAGGAGAUAUCGAUUUUGAAGAAAGAAAAGCUUACAAAAUUCGAGUAGAGGCUAUCGAUAAAGGCCUCCCACCCCUGGCUGGUCACUGUACAGUUCUUGUGGAAAUUUUGGACGCUAAUGACAAUGCUCCAGAGUUGACUGUCACUUCCCUGUCUCUUCCUAUCUCAGAGGAUGCUCAGCCAGGCACAGCCAUCACCUUGAUUAACGUGUCUGACCGAGAUUCUGGAGCGAAUGGUCAGGUGACUUGCUCACUAACGCCCCAGGUCCCCUUCAAGCUAGUAUCCACUUUCAAGAAUUAUUACUCCCUGGUGCUGGACAGCGCCCUGGAUAGAGAGAGCGUUGCGAACUAUGAAGUUGUGGUGAUCGCGCGCGACGGGGGCUCGCCUUCGCUGUCGGCCACCGCCAGCGUGUCCGUGGAGGUGGCCGACGUGAACGAUAACGCGCCCGCGUUCGCGCAGCCCGAGGUCACGGUGUUCGUGAAGGAGAACAACCCGCCAGGCUGCCACAUCUUCACGGUGUCGGCGCGGGACGCGGACGCGCACGAGAACGCGCUGGUGUCCUACUCGCUGGUGGAGCGGCGGGUGGGCGAGCGAGCGCUGUCGAGCUACGUGUCGGUGCACGCGGAGAGCGGCAAGGUGUACGCGCUGCAGCCGCUGGACCACGAGGAGCUGGAGCUGCUGCAGUUCCAGGUGAGCGCGCGCGACGCGGGCGUGCCGCCUCUGGGCAGCAACGUGACGCUGCAGGUGUUCGUGCUGGACGAGAACGACAACGCGCCCGCGCUGCUGCCUCCAGGGCCGGGCGGCGCGGCGGGCGCGCUGAGCCAGCUGGUGGCGCGGUCUGUGGGCGCGGGCCACGUGGUGGCGAAGGUGCGCGCGGUGGACGCGGACUCGGGCUACAACGCGUGGCUGUCGUACGAGCUGCAGCCGGCGGCGGGGGGCGCGCGCAGCCCGUUCCGCGUGGGGCUGUACACGGGCGAGAUCAGCACGACGCGCGCCCUGGACGAGGCGGACGCGCCGCGCCAGCGCCUGCUGGUGCUGGUGAAGGACCACGGCGAGCCAGCGCUGACGGCCACGGCCACCGUGCUGCUGUCGCUGGAGGACAGCGGCCAGGCGCCCAAGGCCUCCUCGCGGGCUUCGACGGGCGCCGCUGGCGCGGAGACGGCGUUCGUGGAUGUGAACGUGUACCUGAUCAUCGCCAUCUGCGCGGUGUCCAGCCUGUUGGUGCUCACGCUGCUGCUGUACACGGCGCUGCGGUGCUCGGCGCCGCCCAGCGAGGGCACUUGCGGGCCCGGGAAGCCCAGGCUGGUGUGCUCCAGCGCGGUGGGGAGCUUGUCUUACUCUCAGCAGAGGCUGCAGAGGAUGUGCUCUGGGGAGGGGCCGCCCAAGACCGACCUCAUGGCCUUCAGCCCCAGCCUUCCUCCGUUCCCAGUUUCAGAGGAUGUUGGCAAGCAUCAAGAUUUAAAUGUUGAUAAUUGCACGGAACCUGGAAGACAGGGGGCCCAGGUCCACUACUCUGUCCCGGAGGAGGCCAAACACGGCACCUUCGUGGGCCGCAUCGCCCAGGACCUAAGGCUGGAGUUAACAGAGCUGGUGCCCCGCUUGUUCCAAUUGGAUUCCAAAGGCCGCGGGGAUCUUCUGGAGGUAAAUCUGCAGAAUGGCAUUUUGUUUGUGAAUUCUCGGAUCGACCGGGAGGAGCUGUGCGGGCGGAGCGCGGAGUGCAGCAUCCACCUGGAGGUGAUCGUGGACCGGCCGCUGCAAGUGUUUCAUGUGGAGGUGGAGGUAGAGGACAUUAACGACAAUCCUCCUGCAUUCCCGGGAGCACAAAAGAAUCUGUUUAUCGCGGAAUCCAGGCCGCUUGACUCUCGGUUUCCACUAGAGGGCGCCUCCGACGCAGAUACGGGAGAGAACGCUCUGUUGACUUACAGGCUGAGCUCCAAUGAGUAUUUCUCUCUGGACGUACCAACCACCGACCAACAGGUAAAACCUCUCGGUCUUGUAUUACGCAAACCUUUGGACAGGGAAGAGUCUCCGGAACUUCAUUUAGUGCUCACGGCCACUGACAGAGGCAAGCCUGAGCUGACUGGUACCGUUCAGUUACUCAUCAAAGUGCUGGACGCCAAUGACAACGCUCCAGUUUUCGAUAGAACACUCUAUGCGGUGAAAUUAGAAGAAAACGUUCCCAAUGGAACGUUGGUAAUUAAACUUAACGCCUCAGAUUCAGACGAAGGCUUGAAUGGGGAUAUUAUUUACUCAUUCUCUAGUGACAUUUCUCCCGGUAUAAAAUGUAAGUUCUACAUAGACCCCAUAAGUGGGGAUAUUACAGUAAUAGGAGAUAUCGAUUUUGAAGAAAGAAAAGCUUACAAAAUUCGAGUAGAGGCUAUCGAUAAAGGCCUCCCACCCCUGGCUGGUCACUGUACAGUUCUUGUGGAAAUUUUGGACGCUAAUGACAAUGCUCCAGGGUUGACUAUCAAAACGCUGUGGCUCCCUGUCAAAGAGGAUGCACAGCUGGGAACAAUCAUUGCCCUGAUCAGCGUGAUUGACGGAGAUGAAGGUGCAAAUGGUCAGGUGACUUGCUCACUAACGCCCCAGGUCCCCUUCAAGCUAGUAUCCACUUUCAAGAAUUACUAUUCAUUAGUGCUGGACAGCGCCCUGGAUAGAGAGAGCGUUGCGAACUAUGAAGUUGUGGUGAUCGCGCGCGACGGGGGCUCGCCUUCGCUGUCGGCCACCGCCAGCAUGUCCGUGGAGGUGGCUGACGUGAACGAUAACGCGCCCGCGUUCGCGCAGCCCGAGGUCACGGUGUUCGUGAAGGAGAACAACCCGCCCGGCUGCCACAUCUUCACGGUGUCGGCGCGGGACGCGGACGCGCACGAGAACGCGCUGGUGUCCUACUCGCUGGUGGAGCGGCGGGUGGGCGAGCGAGCGCUGUCGAGCUACGUGUCGGUGCACGCGGAGAGCGGCAAGGUGUACGCGCUGCAGCCGCUGGACCACGAGGAGCUGGAGCUGCUGCAGUUCCAGGUGAGCGCGCGCGACGCGGGCGUGCCGCCUCUGGGCAGCAACGUGACGCUGCAGGUGUUCGUGCUGGACGAGAACGACAACGCGCCCGCGCUGCUGCCUCCAGGGCCGGGCGGCGCGGCGGGCGCGCUGAGCCAGCUGGUGGCGCGGUCUGUGGGCGCGGGCCACGUGGUGGCGAAGGUGCGCGCGGUGGACGCGGACUCGGGCUACAACGCGUGGCUGUCGUACGAGCUGCAGCCGGCGGCGGGGGGCGCGCGCAGCCCGUUCCGCGUGGGGCUGUACACGGGCGAGAUCAGCACGACGCGCGCCCUGGACGAGGCGGACGCGCCGCGCCAGCGCCUGCUGGUGCUGGUGAAGGACCACGGCGAGCCGGCGCUGACGGCCACGGCCACCGUGCUGCUGUCGCUGGAGGACAGCGGCCAGGCGCCCAAGGCCUCCUCGCGGGCUUCGACGGGCGCCGCUGGCGCGGAGACGGCGUUCGUGGAUGUGAACGUGUACCUGAUCAUCGCCAUCUGCGCGGUGUCCAGCCUGUUGGUGCUCACGCUGCUGCUGUACACGGCGCUGCGGUGCUCGGCACCUCCCAGCGAGGGCGCGUGCGGGCCCGGGAAGCCCAGGCUGGUGUGCUCCAGCGCGGUGGGGAGCUUGUCUUAUUCUCAGCAGAGGCGGCAGAGGGUGUGCUCUGGGGAGGGGCCGCCCAAGACCGACCUCAUGGCCUUCAGCCCCAGCUUUCCUCCGUGUCCUGAAUCUGUAGAUUCAAAGAGAGACUCACAAGCUUCUUUGAACUCCUCUGGAAAGCUAAUGACAAUCGUGGUUAAAGAAUUACUUCUCUGUGAUUCUCCACUCAAGAAAAUGCUGUACUAG